UUUCAUUUUUAUCUAGGCUUUUUUGAAGGAUUAGUUUUGAUUUGAAAAAAUGAAUGGUGAUAAAUCUGCGCCUUCGGACCUCAAAAGUCUGUUGAACUUCUCGAUACGAGCUACCGGUGAAGGAAGCGAUGAGCCAAAAGACAGCGAAAAUGCGGAGAGACACGGCAUCGAUUCCGAAAGGGCCGAGUGGCUUCGCCAAGUCCUCGCCAACCUAACCGUGGACAUUCCCGAAGAACUCCGCAAAAACCUCGCCGAUUUAUGUGCGGAAAAUGCCUCCGAAAGCGAUCAAGUCGAAGCUCUGGAUGCAAUCCUCGACAUCGUAGACGACCUCAACUACGCCACAGACUUCUUCAAAGUGGGUGGUUUCAGAGUUUUGCUCAGGUACCUUCGGGAAUCCGACAGCCCCCCGGUGCGUGCCAAAUGCGGUGAAGUGAUCGCCGAACUCGUGCAGAAUCACGAAUGGGCCCAAAAGGAAGCGCUUUCUCACAACGGAUUAGAAGUUCUCGUCGCCGCUUUCCUCGAAGACAAUGACGUGAAUGUCAAGACCACCACGUUCUCCGCCAUCGCGAGACUGGUUCGGGAUUCCGAAGAGUUGGUCCGCCAUUUUGGAGCCCAGCAUGCUGACGUGGUCGCCACGGCUUUAGAGCCGAGUGCACCACUGAAGUUGAAAACGAAAGCCAGCUUCUUCCUCAAUCACAUUCUGGUUUUAGUGCCCGAAGUUGUCAAGUGCUUUUCUGCGUGUGUAGACAAACUUGCGAUGGCCUUCGGAACUGAUUCAGUCACGAAUGCUUUUGUGUUGGGUGCUUUGAGGUUGCUGUGGACUCUGGAAGUUGCCGAGCAACAGAAGGACUUCAUAUUUAAAGUUUCGCAGAGGAAGAAUGAGAUUGAGAGUGAUGAUCAGUAUUUAGACGAAUUCAACCAGGCGCAAUCUUUUUUGAAACGAGUCCACGUUGUUGAAAUGGGAUGAAAUUAUUUGUUGAUCGUUUUCACCAUCUGUGGUAUGUUUUUUUUUUCGUGGCUCUGAGUAAUGAAGAUUUUUUUGUGUGAUUUUUAAAAUUAUGAAUGUCUAAUACUUGAGUGCUGUAUAUCGUUGAUGCUGCCAACUCGAACACAAAUGAUUAUUCAAGUGCAAUGUCGAUUGAUCUGUCAACAGGGAGACCCUUAGGGUCGCUAGACACAGGAUAGAUGCCGACUUUCCUACUGUUCGCUGCGCGAGCCAGGAACCUGAUUCCUGAUUAGACGGGGAAACCUGCAUUCUCAUCGCUCCGCUGUUCGUCGAAGGAUGACUCCGGCGGAAUACUUGUAUUAUCUCUUCAAUUCCAUGUUGCUUGGAGAAGAACCGACCAUCGAGGACGUGAUCUUAUUGGUAGGAACUGGAGUAGCAUUGAUAGCAUUCAUCCUUUGGUGUUGUUUCCCGAUCGUUCCAAAAGAACCUGUGGUGGAAGAUGACGACUCUAAAUACAUGCAGCAGCAGAGAACGGAAGGCUAUGAUCCCCGCAUGUAUUAAUGCUAAGUGUUAUCUCUAAGUGGACGUUUAUGAAGCCUGUGUGGGUAUAAUGCGGGAAGAUCAGCAUUUCUUUUUCCCUCUGUGAUUUUUUGGAUUUUUGUGUUCAUUUGAGUGCUAUGAUGUUUUGUAUUUUGUAACAGUGGGAUGACAUAUCGGCUAGGAUUGUGCGUUGUGAUUAUCGUCCCGUAGUCAAGUAAUUUAUUUCGACGUACCAAGAUCUCUAGCGCAAACGAUUCCCCGAGUGAUCUCAAAACCAGACGGAAAAUUUGCAUCUUUCAAUAUAAUGUCGGACAUUUCAUGUUUGGCAGUUCUAGUCGAUGAUUAUAUGAAAUGGUUUUGUGGAAGUGUUCUUGUUCUUCGCGGAUGUUCUGUCAGCCAUGCUCGUGUUGUUCCAAGGCGGACGGAAAUUUUUAAAAAUGGAACCGAGUGCUUGCCAGGAUUAUGUUAAUAAAUUUUGUUGGAUUGAACAA